AUUUCACCCAAAUCUGUUCUUAACUCACUCAUACCGCUCAAGUCAUUGACGUAAUGGCUGAAACUGUAGGUCUUGCCUCGGGACUCCUGGCUUUGGCAUCAUUUGCCUUCGAAUCCAGUGUUUCACUUUUCAACACCAUACAGAGUUACAGGAACCACCCUAAACGCGUGCGUGAUCUUGCCCAAGAGGCGAAGGCUUUGAGCGAGGUUCUGUCUUUGCUUGCCGACACCAUCAAUGCUACUGCUGAACUAGAUCUUUCCGCCCUCGAGCUUCCUCUGCGUCGAUGCGGCGAGGCAUGCAAGGAGUUUGAACAUGAGCUAAUGAAAUGCUCAUCGCGGUCUGGUGACGACCGUACUAGCUUCCGCGACUGGGCGAAGUUGCAGUACAUGGGUGAUGGCAUUGACGAGUUCACCCAACUUCUCGCCGGGUAUAAGUCUACUAUCAACAUUGCCCUUACCGAUGCGAAUCUGCGUCAAUCCGCUAUUACCGCCGAGAGUAUUGAAAACUAUCAAGCGAUGAUCAAGACAGCUACUGAUGACCUCGAAGCUCGUUUAGAGAGCAUUGACGGGAAGCUUGCGACCAUUUUCGAGCGCACGGUAACGGAGACCGACUCGGAUGCGAAGGAGUUACAGCGAAUCAAGGAAGAGCGGUCGAGCACACAAAAAUGUCUCGAGAUCUGCGCGCAAUUGGCAGAUCAUAUCCAACGGAUCCAGCUUCAGUCUACCCCAGGCCCGAAUCUCUGCAGCUCCUCCGAUGCAGAUUACGCGAACCAAGUCACCAAUGAGGGCCUACAAGUAUGCAAGGAACGUCUCUCCCAGACGAUUAACAGAUUGGAAAAGCAUAUGCAAGAGCUGAUAAACCGGCUGAUUGAGAAGUCGGCCGCAAAGAUGAACUCCAAGGUCGAGGCUACCGAGCUUACUAGGCUCCAGGAAGAGUGGACCACAGCUCGUCAAUGUCUCGACAUCUGCUCGAGUGCAGAGAGUCAUGUCAAGCAAAACAUAAGCAUCAUCGAUAACUAUGCAAGGGGCGACGACACAGUUCAAUUCUUGGUUUCAACCAACGGAAAGACGAUUCACGGCAAGAACAGAGGUUUUGGAAUUAUGACGAGACAGGUUGGAGGCCACCUCAGCGACGCGUCACUCCAGCAGAUGUCACGGGACGUGAGAAUCAGCUUGCGGGCAUCCAAACCGGAAUCCUCAGCUUCGCAAGAUGACGCAGAUGCGGAAGACGAACAAGACGUAGAGUUCAAGGGACGCUACGGACGAGGGCUGAAGUUGUCAGACAACUCCCCAGAUAUGGAGCCCCCUUGCCAACCAACAGCGAAUCAAGGACGGCCUCACUUCGCGAAGCACACAAGUCAGUAACUCAAAAAAAAUUUUUGGGACGAUGAAGAGAUUCAGCAGUGGGGUCCCUGCUUGCAUUACUUGCCUCUGCAACGAUAGUGCUUGUAAACGCGGGUCCAGAGACCUGCAUUAGCGGUUCUCUGAAGCUUUUGCGCCUCGGUAGCGCUCUGCCCUUCUUCUUUCCCUUAGCCGAGGAUGAGUCGCCCAUGGCUUCCUUAAAAACAAAUUAUACGCCGAAUUUGUCCUCUUUUUACUGAACAGGGCCCCGAGGCCUUCCAUGUGGCUAUCCAGCAUAUUCCAGUUGAUAUCCAACUCCUUGUAAAGCUUAUUCAGACCAUGCUGAUGGCUUUGCUUGAUAAAAAUAUUUUUUUUCUUUAUGAGUAUACUUAUCCCCAGG